AUGACGCCCAAAUUUGUCCUCCCAUCUUCUGCGAGCCUUCGACGAGUAGACAGAUUCUGUCUGGUUGACUAUAAUGACGACGAAGUGCCGUUCUGGGACCUUCUUACGGCCAUUCUUAGAAGCGAGCUGGCCCCGAUCAAAGAUAUUCCCUCCCUUUUAGAGGCCCUUGAGAUGAUUGCGGUUACUCUGAGAGGAACAGCAGCUGGUGUGGACUUUUCCCUGCUUCAAGAGUUCAUGUCUCGGCGCUAUAUUGACAACUGUGCCCCGAACUUCUUCCGUGAUAUCUGGCCUGUUGUGGUGGACCUGGCACUUGAAAUGCCGAAUCUGUUUCCAGAAGGGUUACUGCCAUCGCUAUCGUCCACUGGGAUCACACAGAUCGUCUUCUCACGCAAGCAGGUGGCUUGUCUGGUCAUCCAUCAAUUCCUGUGCUCGUUGCCACCGCAUCCCUGGUCUACAGAGUCCUUUGUUGAUCUGAGUCCUUGGUAUUCUAUAGCCAGCAAUGUUCACCGAGGCGCCGUGGAUGCAUACCUUACUGCGCUGUUCACUUACUUUGAACGAAUAGUCAGUUACGCCAAGGAAAACACACAAACUGCCCACUUUGAAACAAACGAGUGGCCCAUUACCUUUAGCAUGCGAACAAUGACAAAUGAAGAUAUACAUCGGAUACAGGGUGAUCAAGCCAAAGGAACCGUGCUAUCGGCCACCCGUGUCGAGGUUGUUAACCUCCCAGAGUCGCAGACAACACCACGUUUGCUCGGGCUUUCCGAUGGAGCAUGCGUAAUUGCUGCAAAUAAAUGCUUUGGAUACGGCCCUUCGGGUACCCAGGAGGAGCUGCAUGUGGGCGCUACUCCAGAGGCAUAUCCAGCUGUACUCCUGGCACCUCCGCUCUCCGACCAGCAGGUGUUGAUCUGUCGGGGCGCUGAGGCAAUGGUGUCCAUCACUGGAUAUGGUCGUGAUGCGAGGCUUGGUGAUGUCCUCCAAGGGUCAGUCGCCAACUCUGAUGGCAUGAGGUGGAACAGUCGGACUAUGUUGUUUAUGGACGCACUCGAGCUGGACACCCUCCCAGUGGAAGGAGGCUGUCCUAUCCCCGACAUUUGCCCUUCACCUCGUCUAUCUCGAGAGAUGGUUCUGAAAGCAUAUAAUGCAUUCAGCAGUGACACCUACACUCACAUAGUUAGUGGUCUCUGGGGUUGCGGCGCUUUUGGCGGGAACAAGUAUAUAAAGUGUAUUCUGCAAUGGUGUGCGGCAGCCCUGGCAGGAGUCCCGGAGCUGAGAUUUAUUUUUUCUACACCGGAGCAGCACAGAUUUGGAAAGGAACUUGCUCAGUUGUCAACGGAGCUACGUGUCGAUCGUGCGUCGGUCCAUCGAAUGGUCGAUAUAUUGGUGGACCUGAAAGACGCGGCCCAUGCUGUUGGACCCGAGGGCGUCUUUAGAUAUAUCAAGGAGAGGAUCUCUCAGUAG